AUGAUGACAAAUAAUGAGGGUGAGGAGCAGCUUCGCCAGCGGAGACUCCAGCUGCCCUUUAACUUCGCCACUGGGGAAGCUGUUCUCUACGAGGUGGGCCUCUCUCUGGACGUAGCUGACGUUCCAACCCAGAGCAAGGGCCCUAAGAUCAGGAAGAUGGCCGAAGAAAUGGCCCUGGACCCCGACUCCCUGCUGGGCUCCAUGCUGAAGCAGGACCAGGCCAUCUACAUGCAGACCAGCCCCAGCGAGCCCUCCAGCAAGCCCCCUAACCCUCAGGAGCUGUGCUCCUGGGAAGACCAGGCCUUCAGCAACAGCCACGCAAUGGCCAACGUGCCUGGUGAUUCCUGGCAGUCCCAACACCACACUAUGCCCAGGCCGGACGCGGGCAUCAGGGAGGAGUCCACUGUCCAGGACCUGAUGGAAACACUGCAGCAAAUCAUCGGGGACAACAGCCUGUGUUCCAGCCUGAAUGUGGACCCCACAGAGCUGAAGGACUGGGAGAACACUCUGCUGAAGAUGAGCUCCAGCAACUGUGAGAUGUCCGAGGACCUUGAUGACAUCCUCAACCAUGACAUCCUGUCGUAUGUGGAGGAACAUCUCUUCAAGGAGAACGGAGGACUCAAGAUGCCCGAGCAUCUGGGCUCACUGCUGGGGUCCGUCAGUAUCAACAACCCUCUCCUGGAGGUACCAGAGUGCCUUAAAAAUGUCGACCUGCAGGGGAAUACCAUGAUGCCUGGAGGAAAGGGCUUCAACUGGGGGGUUGAUCCCCAGCAGAACCAGUUGCUUGGGAUGGGAGGCUUGAGUGCUGCUGAAACAGCGAGUAACGUUCGGGGCAUGAUGAAGCUGACACACGUGGGCUCUCAGAUGGGAUUGAACGGCCCCACACUCCAGCAGGCUUCCUCCAGGAACACAUUUACCCAAUCCCUGGGAGAGAACCUGGGCCUGCAGAGCAACGCUAACCCUCUGGCCUUUAACCCUGCCCUGGCUGGCUCCUGUGCCCAGGUGCGGCAGAACCAAGCCAAAGGUAAGCAGCAAGGCCUCCAGGCCUCUCAGAUCCUGUCCAACCCUGGUAACGGGCUGGCUUCUUAUUCCCAGAGACAACAGAUGCAGUCAGGCCUUGCCAAUCGGAGCUCUGCUCCUAUGGGUCUGCCAAUCCAGAACCAGCUGCUGGGGUGGGGCAUGAAUGAUCAGCCAAUGAGAUUCCAGGACCAGCGCUCCAUAAGCCAAUCAGAUCCCUUUGCCGUGCCCGGUCAGGAAACCAUGUGGAUGCCCUUGCCCUCCUCCAUGCCCAAUACCAACAUGGUGGCCAACACCUUGUUGGAAACCUUCGCCCAGAACUUUUCAAAUCAACCAAAAGAUGUCAUUCUAGAUCCCAACCCGGCUAGCUGCCUACAAGGACACUUUUCUCUGCAGACCCAGAAACAGCAGCAGCAGCAAAUGCUUCCCACGAUGUUACACCAACAAAAUGGACACCAACACAAUGUCACGGGCAGCUUUUAUAACAACCAGGUGUCUGACUUCCAAAUUGCUCCCCAGCUCCCUAUCCCUGGGCUCGAGGCCCAGUCACAGCAGAACUCUCAGGCCCAGAACUACAACAGGGCUCAAACGAUAUCAGGCCAGUAUAGGCCUCAAAAGACCUCUGCUCAAGUCACCCCUCCUCUCGUCUCUUCCAACAGCUGCAUGUUCAGCAGCACCAACCCCCCCUCGGUUCCUGUCAACGGGGUCUGUUUAAACCCCAACACGGCCCUUGGUUCCCUGGUCCCAUCCUCCUGUCAGAGGGCCACAGCCCCCCUCCACGACCAGAGUCCCUCCCAGGCCUCCUGCUACUUCCAGAGGAACUCCAGCGGGUCCAUCGUGGGGUCCUCUGCAAUCCUACAGGGUGACACCAACAUCAGCCCUCUGUCCUGUCAGGUGGGGCCUGGUCUAACCCCUGGGGGCCUCACACCAGACAGCCUGCUGGUCCAGCAGCAGUACCUUAACUGCAACAGGCAGACACAGGUCACAAACUGUCCAAUGGAGGAAAACAUAUCGUUCCAGUUCCCGCCCCUGCCCAACGGAACCACAUACUUCUCAGAGAACAAUCAAAACAACUGUUGCGACUUCUAGAAGGUUCUACAAGGAGGAAUGAACCGCCUUUUCCGCAGCUGAAUGGAAUUUGUUGAGAUACUGAUGAGUAGCCCUCUUUGCUAAACAAACAGAUACACGGACACAUACAGACUCACACAGCCAGGUGCCUUUGGGGAUUCUACCACCACCAUGCCUUACUUCACCAAAGAGACUGGCCAAGAUGGCUUCCUUCAUUUCUCUUCUAUGCGUCUCAAAUCGUAUGUUUGGAUGCAAGAUACAAGGCGUUUGGGCCAGAGGGUCGUGUGGCUUAUUUUUCUUCAGCAACCAGACAGAAGACAGAAGCUCCAGUGACUGUCACGAGCUCCUCCUUGACUUGCUUUCUCCUUGGGUGGGCAUGCCCUGGUCAAAAGUACUGCACUAUGUAGGGAAUAGAGUGCCAUUUUGGACAUACAGUCACGUCUGGUCGAUGUGGAGGAAAGAGAAUAUAUUUAUUGGUUGUUUUGAAUUGUGCCUCAUUGUGCCUCUGAUGUUAAAGAAUUGCCAGAUGAUUUUGGAAAGGACAGGCGAAAGAUGAUGACGUAAGAAGUAAUAGGGAAAAAGAGAUAACAUGUUGAAUUAGAUUCCUGGGAUUACUUUUAAGGUUGUUUUUUUUAAAUCCCUAAAUGCAUUUGAACAUAUAGGAUCUAGCCAAAUUCCAAAAGGAAAGGUGAGAUAGUUGAUGCCUGGUAAAUUGACUACAGUAUAACCAUACGGGCAAAAAGAUGAGCAUUUUUAUUUGGAAAAUGCUAAAUAUGUUGGCAUACAAUAUUAUGGACAAUAUGUAUGUAUAGAUGAUAUACAGUUUAAACUGUAUCAACUGCUUAUUUUGAUACGGAGUAUAAAAAAAAACUAUUCCCCAGCAAUCAUAAUACUCCAAUGGCCUGAAUGAAAAUGUAAAAACUAUUUCCCUUGUGAUGACAUUUGAGACUUGCCACAUGUUCUUGCAUCACAAACCAUGCUCCAUUGUGAUAUAUCCUAUUAUUACAACAAGAUAUGCUAAUCAGAAUGUAAUGACAUCAACAACAAAAAUACAUUUAUUUACUCAGCUUUGUUUUGUUUUUUGAAAAAAAAUCAUCUUUUGUAUUUUUAUAAGCAUUUAACCAAAACUAUAAUUAUGUAAUUGAGCCAGUUUAGUCUUUUCUGUUAUUUUGUGAAGUGUCCCACUGGGCACACACUGGUUGAUUAAACGUUGUUUCCAUGUCAUUUCAAUGAAAUGAUGUUGAACCAACUUGGAAUAAACAUUGAAUUGAUGUCUGUGCCCAGUGGGAUUCCUGUGCACCUGCAGUUUUAUUUGCUUCUAUUGUUCUUCUAUUGAUAGAAAACACCCAAGAAGGGGCGGUGCCUUGGUAAAGUAUUCAUGCCGAAAUGCAUCAGAUAGUUGAAGUGCCUCAUUUGCAUAAAUAUGCAGAAGGAAAAACCGAGGAACCAAUCAUGGAUAAGCAUAUAAUCACCAGUCAAUUUGAAAAGAAAAAGUAGAGCCACUGUUCAAACUGCAUUGUUGAUAUGCUCUCCUAUGCCAAUGUGGGAAUAUCUUUCACUUUACUUGACUUUCUUUGAUGAAUUAUUUUAUUGCCCUGCAGUUCUACAGGGAAGUAAUACAGUAUUGGCAGCUACAGUUUCAGAAUGAUCAAUGAUCCAAUUCAAUGUGGAUUAUUCAAUGUAUUCUAGGGGGAUCGGGUGCUUUCAGAAAUCGUACCAAAUUACAGAACCUACAAUGAACACCGUAAGUGUCCAUAUUGAAAGUAUAGUAUUCAGUAUUCUUGUCUGUAUGCUUCUGCACAAUGUAGGCACUAUAACUACUGCACUGAGGCCAAGGCGCCUUUCUAUAUGCAGUAUAAUUUUCAUGUGUACAUACUAUUUUUCAUUUGUAUUUUUAAGUAAUCUGGCCUUCAUAAGAUUCACAUCUAUUAUUGUACACUAUUUUAUACAUGUGUUUUCUGCACACAGAACAGUUCAUGUCUGUAAAACCCUUUUUGACCUGUUUCCUCAGAACAGUAUUUAUAAAUAUACACCUUGUGGCUUUUGUUGUUUUUCUGCCUCUAACAAUGUGUCAGCCAUGGCGCUUACGCCUCAAUUGUUAUAUUUCAUCUCCACAUUAAAGAGGUUUAAUGACUUGA